CUCUGAGCUUGGACGUUCACCUACUACAAUUUCAAAUCCCAAGUCCCUUUAAGUCCUCAAAUAGGCCGAUACCACCUACUAGCUGUCGCCCCUUCCUUUUCCACACUCUCUCAUCUAGCUGGAGAUGACUAUACCAUCAGCAAAUCUAAUGGAGAAUCCAGUGAAAGCCCUCAAAUCUAAAAGCUAUCAAAAGGCAAAGGGAAUGUCCUUCUUUGCAUUUCUUUUCUCCAUUGUCAUUUAUAUCUCCAUCUUCUACAUCUCCAGCCUUUCUCCUUCAGCUCUUUUCAACAAUACCAAGUUUUGGUUUGUUAUUUCCAACACUCUCAUCCUUAUCAUUGCGGCCGAUUAUGGUGCUUACUCUUCCUCCAAAGAGAAACAUGACCUUUAUGACGAAUAUGCGUCGCAUAGCCAAGCAAGUAGUGCUGCUUCUCCUUCAUUUGUUUCACAAUACCCCGAAAUUGUGAAGAAGAGCACACCGAAGGAAGAAGAGACCAGUUUGAAAGAGAAGAAAGAAGAUAUUGUAGCUGAAAUGAAUGAAACCUCUGAAAGAAUAUUGGAAGUUGUCAAAAUUGAACCUGAAAAUCCCACUGACAAUUUCCAAGCGAAGAGCCAGCAAGAACAUGAACAUCCCAUGAAAGCUGAUAACGAAGCUUGUGAUCAGGUUCAGGUCAACAAGAAGAUUGAACCAAAAACUAUCCGACGAAGCAAGUCUCAUAAAGUGAAACGUGUUACAUUCCAUGACAAGAAGAACAUUUUGCAGAGGUCAGAGACCGAAAAGCAUGAAGCAAGAGCAAAAGAAAAGGAGUCAUCAGCUGAAGAGAACGAGUUUUCGACCAUGUCGGACGAGGAACUAAACAGAAGAGUAGAAGAGUUCAUUCAGAAGUUCAACAGGCAGAUUAGGCUUCAAGCUGGUACUAGAACCCGCCAAUUUUUGGAAUACGAAUAGGACUCUGAGGGAAGGAGAUAUUGUAAUAGUACCAAUUUUCUUGUCUCCCUCUAUGUGCCUUCGAUUGAGGCUUGUCUUCCCACUUUGUUAUCUUCCCUCACAAAGUAGCAAGUCGGUGUAAAUGGUUUGGACUUUAGUAAGAAGAAUUUUCUUUUCAAUCA